CACGCACGCGGAGAAAACAGAGGAGAAAGAGAAGAGAAAAUAUCCCUCCCACAUCGUCACCCCAGCUUCCUCCGCUGCCUCACCACAGCACGCCGACGAGCUCUCUCCACGCACGACGCCCCCUCCCCCUCCCCCCAGAUCCGAAGCGACUGCCGCCGGCUCGCGAUCUUCCCGAACCGUACAAAAACCCGGCCGUGGCGGCGGCCACGGCAGCCACGUACGGUGGCGGCGAGGGGUGUAUGAGGAGCAGGAACGACUGCGGGAACGCGAUUCGGAGCAGGAGCCGGUGGGGCAAGUGCGGCUGACCCGGCCUGAGCAAGGACAUCCACGGCCGGUCUGUCUGUCUGGCGGGAUCGUGGCAGGAGGGAAAAGAAAGAAGGAAAGGUCGAUCUUGUGAAGCUUCCACCACGGGCUCCGAGAUGCAGAACAGCGAUUUGCGCAAGAAGAGUGCAGCGGAAAUUGAUUUCUUUACUGAAUAUGGCGAUACUAAUCGAUACAAAGUUCUGGAGGUCAUAGGCAAAGGUAGUUAUGGACUUGUAUGUUCUGCAAAUGAUACACAAACAGGAGAGAAGGUUGCAAUAAAGAAGAUACACAACAUUUUUGAGCAUAUAUCGGAUGCUGCACGCAUACUCCGUGAAAUCAAGCUUCUCAGGCUUCUUAGGCACCCUGAUGUAGUGGAAAUAAAGCAUAUCUUGCUCCCCCCAUCCAAAAAGGAUUUCAAAGAUAUAUAUGUUGUUUUCGAACUUAUGGAGUCAGAUCUUCAUCAAGUAAUAAAGGCUAAUGAUGAUUUGACGAGGGAGCAUUAUCAGUUUUUCUUGUAUCAGAUGCUUCGAGCUUUGAAAUAUAUGCACACAGCAAAUGUCUAUCACCGAGAUUUGAAGCCCAAGAAUGUGCUUGCCAAUGCAAAUUGCAAACUUAAAAUUUGUGACUUUGGUUUGGCGAGAGUUGCAUUCAAUGAUGCACCUACGACAGUCUUCUGGACAGAUUAUGUGGCAACGAGAUGGUAUAGAGCACCUGAACUUUGUGGGUCCUUCUAUUCCAAGUAUACACCAGCUAUUGAUAUAUGGAGUAUAGGGUGCAUUUUUGCCGAGGUGUUGAUUGGAAAGCCUCUAUUUCCUGGUAAAAAUGUUGUUCACCAGCUGGAUUUGAUAACUGAUGUUCUGGGGACACCUUCAUUAGAUGCUAUUUCUCAGGUGCGGAAUGACAAGGCAAGAAAAUAUCUGACAUGCAUGCGGAAGAAACAGCCUGCUUCCUUUUCGCAGAAAUUUCCAAAGGCUGACCCAUUAGCAUUACGAUUGCUUAGGAGGCUUCUAGCUUUUGAUCCAAAGGAUCGUCCCUCUGCUGAAGAGGCAUUGGCAGAUCCAUACUUUAAUGGACUAGCAAAGGUAGAGCGAGAACCAUCUUGUCAACCGAUACCAAAAAUUGAAUUCGAAUUUGAGGGUCGUAGAGUAACAAAGGAGGACAUCAAGGAACUGAUCUUUGAAGAAAUUUUGGAGUAUCAUCCUCAAUUACUGAAGGAGCAUAUCAGUGGAACAGACAGACGAAACUUUGUUCAUUUAAGUGCUGUUGACCAAUUUAAGAAACGCUUCGCUGAACUCGAGGAAAAUGGUGGCGAAAAUGGAUCAGCUGUUUCGUCACAGAGGAAACAUUCUUCUUUGCCAAGGCAAUCCUUCAACCCUCGUUAGACGUGUAAUGUCCUGUACAGUCAAAACUCACAGGAAAGAUCCAAGAAGCUUACCAUCUGUACUCCCUUGGCAACCAAAUAUCAAGCACCGCACUCUCAGAACCCAGUAUCUAGUGGGCCAGUGCUUGAUGCAACAGGUCCAACUCCCAACACAAUAUGUGCCUGGAGGAAUGUGUGUAGACUCCAGAUCAGGGAACUUGUACUUCUAUCUGCAUCAUGGUAUAAGGGUUGAUAUACCAGGUCACAGUACCGCACAGGCAGUCUGUUCCUAAUGGCUCAGUUCCGGCUGUACGUUGCAGCAUGGCGUUGCCAGGGAUGUUUCGAGCUGGGUUAUCGGCAUUGAAUCAUGGAGGACUGACUUUCUUAUUUGUCAGUCCCCCAAAUCAUGGAGGUCGAACCUAGGAUUCCAGCUUCAUCUUGUACAUGGGAUGUUUCACAGCUUCUUUGCAACCGAGCCCCCCAAAUGUACCAGACAGUUGGAUCAUAAUGUGCCUCCUAGGGAUUGCGUUGCAAAGCUCGUUUGUUCUGAAUGAUGAAACUUUUUCCAUGGGAAGCUGUGAGGUGGCUAGGUCAAAGAACAUGAUCGUCGCGAUUUACAUCAACCAGUUGUUUAAGAAAUACUCCUACAUUUUAACGCGAGGGACCUUGCUGUGUUUAGCAGUGUGUUAACCAAAGAAACUUGAGCAUAUAGUCUGAAUCAUUUCCAAUAGUUGCUGUAAAGAAAUGUGCGAAAGGUCGAAUGCCAGAGACCAAAUUAACUGUUCUGAUGAGCUGGGUAAAUAAAUUGUUUGUCUCCGUCGAUAUUGAUGUUGUUGA